GCGGCGAGCAGUCGGUACUAUUUUUUUAACGUUUCCGUCUCCGGCAGACAUAUUGCUUACUGGAGCAAAUUCUGGAAAGCUAGCAGUGGAGAAAAGGAUUUCAACUUGAUAAACAUCUUCACAGCUUACUAUACCUAAAACAUAAACACCAUAAUGGAACCAUCCGCUAGUCCGGCCAAGGACAACUACAGGAUGAACCGCUACAAGAACAAAGCACUGAAUCCAGAGGAGAUGAGGCGCAGGAGAGAAGAGGAGGGCAUCCAACUCAGAAAACAAAAACGCGAACAGCAGCUUUUCAAGAGGAGAAAUGUAGAUGUUCUCAAUGAAGAGGAGGUCAUGUUUGAGAGUCCGCUGGUGGACUCAUACCUCAACUCUCCAGCAACAGAAGGAGUUAUCACCAGAGACAUGGUUGAGAUGCUUUUUUCAGAAGACACAGAGCUUCAGCUCGCUACAACGCAAAAGUUCAGAAAACUACUUUCCAAAGAGCCCAACCCACCCAUUGAUGAAGUUAUAAACACAGUGGGUGUUGUGGAGAGGUUCGUGGAGUUUCUGCAGAAGAGCACCAACUGCACACUACAGUUCGAAGCUGCCUGGGCCCUGACCAACAUUGCAUCAGGAACAUCCUUGCAGACAAAGACAGUUAUUGAGGCCGGAGCUGUGCCCAUCUUUAUCGAACUACUUAACUCAGACUUCGAGGAUGUCCAAGAACAAGCUGUGUGGGCUUUGGGUAAUAUAGCCGGGGACAGUGCAGUGUGCAGGGACUAUGUGCUGAACUGCAACAUCCUCACGCCGCUGUUGUUGCUUUUGACCAAAUCUACUAGACUGACGAUGACGAGGAAUGCAGUUUGGGCUCUUUCUAAUCUCUGUAGAGGCAAAAAUCCUCCACCUGCUUUUGAAAAGGUUUCGCCCUGUCUGCCUGUGCUGUCCAGGCUGUUAUUUAGCAGCGACCCAGACUUGCUGGCAGAUGCCUGCUGGGCUCUGUCCUACCUCUCAGAUGGCCCCAAUGACAAGAUCCAGGCGGUUAUCGAUUCCGGUGUCUGCAGGAGGCUCGUGGAGCUGCUCAUGCACACUGACUAUAAGGUGGCCUCUCCAGCCUUGAGAGCUGUUGGAAACAUCGUCACUGGAGAUGACAUUCAGACACAGGUUGUUUUGAACUGCUCAGCUUUACCCUGCCUGCUGCACCUCCUCAGCAGUCCUAAAGAGUCUAUUCGUAAGGAAGCAUGCUGGACCAUCUCCAACAUCACAGCAGGAAACCGAGCACAAAUACAGACGGUGAUUGAUGCCAACAUCUUUCCAGUACUCAUUGAAAUUUUGCAGAAAGCAGAAUUCAGAACCAGAAAAGAAGCUGCCUGGGCCAUUACCAACGCUACAUCUGGAGGAACACCAGAACAGAUCAGGUAUCUGGUGAAUCUGGGCUGCAUCAAACCCCUGUGUGAUCUGCUGACCGUGAUGGACUCUAAGAUUGUUCAGGUGGCUCUGAAUGGGCUGGAAAACAUCCUGAGGCUGGGAGAGCAGGAGGCCAAGCAGGAGAACAACGGCACCGGAGUGAAUCCUUACUGCAGCCUCAUCGAAGAAGCCUACGGACUAGACAAGAUUGAGUUCCUCCAGAGCCACGACAACCAGGAGAUCUACCAGAAGGCAUUUGACCUAAUCGAGCGCUACUUUGGUGUGGAGGAUGAAGACAGCAGCCUAGCUCCUCAGGUGGACCAAGCCAACCAGCAGUUCCUUUUCCCUCAGCAAGAAGCUCCCAUGGAGGGCUUCCAGCUCUAAGUCUUCUUAAGUACACCACUUACCCCUGUCCCAUCUGUAUACUCCCCCAUUUUGUGGAAGGCCCCGUGAUGCCCGAGUCAUGCCACUGUGCUCCCUUGCCUGAUCUCUCCAAGCACACACACAAAAACCCGCUCUGUGGAGGAAAGCUUAAACUGUCGUCCCCCUUAAGCCCCGAAACCACCCUCUACAUCCAUGAUUUCCCUCCAGUGGACAAAUAGCUCACAGGGCAGAAAUUUCUUUCUUUCUUGGCUAUUGGGAGCAUUUCUCACAAACUAAUAACCCAGUCGGGGAACUUAUCAGCCGAGACCCUAAAGUGGUGUACGACGUGCACAUCCGGAUUUCUUCCUGCCGUUUGAUAGCUCUUAGAUCCUGUCACCGGCAAUAACCGUAGUUAAGAUCUUUAUCUAAAUUUCUGUCCCAGUGGGACAUUCCUGUUUUUUGGAUUACCCAUGCAUCCCCCUCGCAGUCCACAAACAGGGGCCACUUGAGGCGAAGUAUGCCCAGUUUAUGACGUCAGUCUUGAUUUUUGUGCAAUUCAAAAUAGGCAGAACCUUUUCCCCUUUUUUAGUUUUUAAUAUUUACCUCUAACCCUUAUUUAUCUUCUCCGUUAUAGCUAUUUUUCUUCUUCUGUAAAUGGAAGUUAUUUUUGUUUUGUUUCUACAAAGAGAUGCCCCGACUGUUCGGCUUAGGGCUGGUUUAAACCUGCGGCCCAAGCUAAAGAUGACUUUAAGGUUGUAAGGGGAAGGGAUAGAUGGGGAGAUUUGGGUAACGGAAUAAACGGAACCUAGGAAGGACUGUGAUUGGGAUUCUGGUAAAGGUUUAGAAGUUUUCUUUAACCAUUUAAAGAAAUCCACGUUUUUUUGAGGGUGGGAUAUUUGAAUAUCCUAUAUUUGUGUGCUGUGUUAAUAACAUUUGAAUUAUAAAGUGAUCUAUUAAACAAGGCAUAGUUUAGGAUUUAAGGUGGAGCAGAGUCUGCUGCAGCAGCAAACCUAACUUAUUUUUAUAUCUGGCUGCAUUUAAUGGAUUGCAGAAAUUAAAAAAGAAGGUGGAAAACCUCUUGCAGUAGUGAAAAUGUCCUAGUUUAGUGGUUCCACUGAACCCCCAGUGUAAAUGCCCCCCCUGUUUCCAGUUGUAUGGUGGGGUCUCUGCAUGGAGUCCUAUUACCCUGCCUACAGUCACAGAGGAUCCCUGGCCAAUCACAACUAGUUGGUACAGAGAAGGGGAGGUGAAGCACUGCGAAGUGUUUCUUGUUGACAACAUUUUGGGGUUCGAAGAAGAAGCUGGGGUAUAACAUGAUAACGUUAGGUGGUGUUAAUAGUGAUAGUUUAGUGACCACGGUGGUGUUUUCUUUAGUGGUAGACUUGAUAAAUAGCCUCUGGCAUUCGAUAUCACUAUUAUCUUUGAGGAAUGGAGAUGAAAACUGCUAAUGACUUUGCAUGGGGCAGUUGCGUUAAGUGUGGGUGGUGUUCAUGUAAAUAGCCUCUCCUCUGCCCAGCUAGCAAAACAUCUGCUGCUUCUGUUUGGGUCUGACAGCUGGAGGUUUUGGACAUAUCUCUGAAGAGAAGUGACAAGCCUAACUGCAACAAAAAUUCAAGUAUGGAAAUAGACGUAUAUUUGGAUUUUGAUGUAUUUGCAUUAAAUAUAUCUUUACGUACACUUCAUGCACACUUGCAUACAACAUCAGCUGAAACACACAUCACACAGACAAGUGGCUAGAAGCAAAAACUAGCUUCCAUUUAAAAAAAACAAAAAACCAAACAAAAAAACAACUUAAGUUUCUUAAAGGGGUAAAAAUUGACUGAGUGCAAACCUUAUCCUUAGUUACUUUUUUCUGUAGUAAUAAGUUAAUAUUUUUGUUGAGCUGAAUUGCUAAAAUGAAGAGUUUCUUUAUGUGAAAAGCAAACUGCGGAUUCUUGUAGUUGUUUCUAGCCACAGGACUUGUGAUGGUUGAGAUUAGCCGAGCUAACGCUGACCACGGAUUGGCUCUGCUUCUAAUAAGGCCAAUCACUGGUCAGCAUUGAGGCGCUGUAGAUGAAGUAGAAGUGUGCUCGUGUGAGUUUAUGACUGACGGGCGCUGUGUGAGGGAGUAGGUCCAUGGACUUGAUCAAAGAGGACGUCCUAACCAGAGUCUGGAGCUGCUGUUUUGUGGAUUACUGAAGUGCUCAAAUGUAAAGGAUGGAAGAUGAACCCAAUCAGGUUUCUUUAAAGUAACCAAAUAAAACAAUCUCCUAAGGAUUAUUUUGACUUUUUUUUUUGAAACCCAAAGUGGUAAACGUUAUUGGAAAAAUUAUUACAGUUGCAGUUGGAGGUUUAUAUCCACUCGUGGUGCCGUGUUAAUUUUGGGGCUUUUGAGUUUAUGGAAUGAUGAUGCGAUUUAUGACGGCAACAAUUUUUCACAAUUUGUUUUACAAGUUCCAGUUUAUAGUAGAUUUUUGUCUAAUGAAGGCAGUCUGAAAUCUGUCUACAGGUUGAAAAGUAUACAUCCCCUCCCUCACCACCACUUAUAUCUGAGUAACUUACCCAUAGCAGGUUGCAGAAAAAGCCAUGACCAAACUUUUGGCAUAGUGCUGGCUGAAUAUAUGAAUGCUUUUUAUUUUAUCCUAAAUGUAUUUAAACUGGUUGGUUUCCUAGCAAAGACCUUGCUUUCAAGCAUAUUUCAUAUGUUUUCUGCUGGGUUGAAGCUGGGGCCAUGCCAGAAGCUUAAUGUUGGCUUGUAUUUUCAUUUGGUUUGUGAUCAUUGUCAGUUUGGAUACCCAAUUGUCCAGGUUUUAACCAUCUAGAUGUUGAUUUGAGAUGAAGUGGGACAUUUUGGAGGUUUUUCCUCUGUCUUUAUUAUCCCUGUUCACCAGGAUCCUGGCAUGAUGCUGCCACCACCAUUUUUAACAGCUGAUUGUGUGUUCUUGAGUUCGGAAGCUUCAACACGUCUUCUAGCUGCAAAUUUCCAUCUAGCUUCAAGUUGUGGAGUUUGGAACAGGAGCUUCUUUCUUGAUUGGCCUGGUUCCUAAACAUUACAACCUGUUGCCACCCGUCUGAGAAUGAACCCACGAUAAAUUCAAACUGAUGUACCUACAUACCUACAAAGUUGUUCCUAUUAGUCCAGGCUGGACAAACAAUGCUUCAAAGGCAUCAUCAAAACCCCCAGAUUAAAGUGGCACUCAUGACUGAAAAUAAGCCUUUGACUGGAUUUCUCAUAUGCCUCUACAGUGUUGCACCAUUCUGUACCAUUAAAUCUUUACUGAGUUUUAUAAUACGAGUGCUCCUGGCCGACAUGAAAAGUCAAAUCAUGAAUUAAGCAACAUCUUACCUCUACCCGACAGAAGUGUAGAGCAGAAUUUAGACCUUUGGUUUCCUGGCCAAUUCUGUGCUUGGCCUACAAAAAUAAUGCCAGAAUUGCAAUAUAUAUAUAUAUAUAUAAAAAACAUAAAUCAUUGCAUCAACGAGGAAAACAAAUGUUUAUAUUUCUUAAAAAUCAAAAUGCACUCCUGCUCACUAAAGUGCCAAUCCGACCAACAAAGACUGGAGGAUCUUACGUUUCUGUCUUUGACUUGUAGAUUAUUUCCUUAUAUCUUUAUUUACUUGAAUGUGCACGUUUCUGUGCAAACCAUUGCUGCUCUAUUUCCUUACCUUUCAAGUUACAUUAUUUGCCAUAGUUUCUUAAAGUGGCAUUCUUUAACAAUGAUGUCUAAUUAUCUGGAGGGGGGACUGACUUGACAGCAUAAAACUGAUGUUUUUCAUCCAUUCUUUUCAUUGACGCGACGCCUUCUGUGGCUCUUGUAGUGGUUUUCACUAUGUAGCUAAGCUGUAGAUGUAGGGAAUCGUACCACUGGUUUCUGCUCAGACCAGUGCCACCUUUAACAUUUUCUUUAAAGUUGAGGACCCCAUUGGACGAAAAGUAGAAUAUCGCAGCACUUCAGUAAUAACACAUGAUGCAAAUAUAUGCAUAGAAAUGGCUAUCAUAGCAGACUUAUGCAGGCACCAAUCUCACUGCCAGUUAGUUUACCAAAGUUUUGUGAUCCUCAUCGCAUUUUUAGUCCCUGAGAGAAAAACCCUUUCGGUUUGCUCCCAAAUUUAGGCCCAGUUUUACGUAUUCUCCAUCUAAUCUAAUUCAGAAGACUGCAAUCAAAGCUCAGAGAUGGCGGCACCCAGAGGGGGAAAGGCCCACCUACACGAGCCUGAUCUCAUGUGAUUGAAAUCAUGUACCUACAUACAUGAAAUUGCGUGAUUUUUUUUUUUUUUUUUCUGAGUUUUAGAAUUUGGGAUUCAGGAAAAGUGCAGCAAUUUACAUUGAAAAGUGUUAUAAUUUAGCUAUGUAUGUUCUGAUACAUUGACAGGGAUUUAAAUACAAUUCUAAUCACUUCUGAGAAGUGGAGAAAAAAAGCCUCCGUAGAACUUGUAACAGGAUGAAUUAAGCAAAAAAUAAAUAAAAGAAUAAUAGGUGGUGAUGAGCAAAAAUCACUUUAAAAAAAAAGUGAUCUAACUUGUCUUCCGUCCUGGACGCUGUUGGUGUCUUUAUGAAAAUCUAAAGCCAGGCUUGGCUUAAUCAAAUAACGUCUAUGCUGCAAAUGUUUACAAUGCUCCUCGUUUGUAAAGUACUAUUUGUACGGCAUCACUAACCAGUCCUGAUACAUCCUCUUUUCCGGUCCUCUCAUUUCUCUCUCGUAUUCGUUUCCUCUUUGCUUGUCGACUCUUUUCUUUUGCUCCAAAUUAACCAUGCUAUACUGUGACUCGACUGGACUUUUACCGACGGUAUGAAUGAGUGACGAGAAACUAACACACUUCAGCUGAACAUGACACACAAACAUAAAACAUGGAGGGAAAAAAAUAACGCAUACAGGAGACUGCAACGAUAUUAGAGAUGUAACGAAACUGUAUUAAAUUUAAAAUUGUUGAGGAAAUACUGUACAAAACAAAUAAAGUUAUGUUUCAACCCUUU